UAUUUCUUUUAUUCUUUACCAUUUUUAUCUAUUACUUAACUAAUAUCAUAUCUUUCGGUACGUCCAUUAUAGAAUUUUGACUUACAUUGGUUUCUUUUAUAGAUUUAUCAUUUGAAUCUGAGCAGAAAAAACUUCAGAUUCUGUGCUGCAGAGAAAUAUGGAGGUUGCAGUGUCCUUAGCAUUGGAGCUCCCAAAGCAGAGGAAUGAUCAUGGAAUGUUUUUUGCUAGUGGUUUUAGUUGCAGUUUGAAUGCAAGAGACAGGAAAAUUGUUUGUGUUACCGGUGGAAACUCCUAUUUUGGUUCUCACUUGAUCAAGAAGCUUUUGGCAUGUGGUUACCUUGUUCGAGUUAUUAUUCAAAAUGAAGCUAAUUUUGAGGACAUGAAGGAGCUAAUGAGGGAAGAAAUGAAGCAACUAGAAAGUGUUGUAGUGGCAAGAAUGGGAGAUUUAGAGAGCCUCUGCAAUGCUUUUAGAGGUUGCCAUGUUGUUUUCCAUACAUCAUCUUUCAUUGAUCCGCGAGGGAUCUCUGGAUAUACGGAACGAAUGGCAUUUCUUGAAGCUGAAGCAGCAAAGAAUGUUAUAGAAGCUUGUGGCAGAGCAGCAUAUGCUAAAAGAUGCAUUUUCACCUCCUCUCUACUUGCAUGCAUCUGGAAAGGCAAUGACCUGCCAAACCUCAUAGAUGAGAGUUCUUGGAGUGAUGAGGCAUUCUGCAGAGAAAACAAGCUUUGGCUAGCAUUGGCCAAGACCAGGGCAGAAAAGGAUGCUUGGAGGAAAGCAAGGGAGAUGAAGGUGAAACUUCUUAGUUUAUGUCCUGGACUUCUCAUGGCACCAACUUUCCCAAAUGCUCACCUUGAAACUUCUCUCCCAUACCUCAAAGGUGGCGAUUUCAUGCUACGACAAGGAAUUCUAGCAACUGAAGAUGUUACUAAGGUGGCAGAAGCACAUAUUUACGCUUAUGAAGAUAUGGACUAUGGAGCAUGUGGAAGAUAUAUAUGCUUUGGAAAAAUAGUUGGAACAUUGGAAGAGACCAUACAACUUGAAAAUGGCUUGAAUAUGCAUGGCCAAUUGUCUGGGGAUCAAAGCCCUCUUACACUAGCAGUGGAUAAUGAUGAAAUUCCUCCCAGAAUUACUAAGUCAAAGCUCAGUAGAUUACUAUUCCGAUCGUCACAACGCCUCUCUUGCAAACAGUGAUUAGAAAAUAGUUAUGCAGUUUCUUUUGCUCUGUGUUGGUUCAAAAAGCAAUACUAUUACCUAUCAAAUGAUUUUAUUUUGAUUAAAAUAUAUUGAAGAUAUAAAAAGCAUGUACCUAUUUGUUCCAAAGGAUUCAAAGUCAAUCCAUAGUGAAUACGGAGUAUAUAAAAAGCUUGCUAUCCUCUUAUCGUGGA